AUGACUCUCGGAAAGCUCACGUUGGUUAUGGCCAGUGCCUACGCCGUCGCCAAGCUGCUCGAGAGGGGUGGCGAUCAGUUCCCCACUCGCCUCGCCGGACGCCCCGCCCACCACGGCCGUCGAUCGCGCCGUUAUCAGGACGACUAUCGCUCCUCUACCUCUAGCUCGCGGCACAGCAGCUCGCCGGAGAGGAACACCCGCCGCCAAUCUCGUAGAUAUGAAUGA